AUUAUAUAUAUAUCUUUGUUUGCUUACGUAUUAUUAUAUAAUAUUAUAUAUAUAUAUCUUUACAUAUAUUUAUAUAUAUAUAUAUACUAUACAUCUAUAUAUUAUAAUAUACACACUCACGCACACACAUCUACGUAUAUAUAUUUACUUAUCUAUUUAUAUAUUAUAUACAAUAUAUGAUAUAAUACAAAAUAUAAAAUAGUGGUUAGCGGUAGAGAUAAUUAAUAUUUUUAUUGGCUAAUUUUAUAAUAAUAUCACAACACGUUAUCAACACGAUUAUAUAUUUUAAUUUCCGCAAGGUAAUAUUUCAUAUUUUAUCUGUUUAUUAUGUCUAACCUUGCCAAACAGAAAUUUCUCCCUCUCCUCGUUUCUGGCCAAAAUUAUAUGGCAUUGGCUCGCAUGUUAAAAUGCAUCCGGCAUCAAUGGGCUUGAAAAAUACCAUUGCCCGGGAUAAAAACUCCCCGAGCCAAGAUCGUGCAAAGGCCAUGAUCUUUUUGUGCCAUCACAUCGAUGAGGCACUGAAAUGCAAUAUGUCACGCUGGAAUCCCCGCUCGAAUUGUGAGAGAGAUUGAAAGGAAGAUAUGAUCAUUUGAGGCUGACAUUGUUGCCAAGGGCACGAAGCGACCAGCAAAGCCUACGGCUUCAGGACUUUAAAACAGUCCAAGAAUAUAAUUCUGCAAUGUUUAAAAUAACAUCACAGCUGCGCCAUUGUGGCGAAAAUGUAUCUGAAUCUGAUAUGAUGGAGAAAACUUUCUCCACUUUUCAUGCCUCUAACAUGGUUUUGCAGCAACAGUAUCGCGAAAUGGGCUUCCAGAAAUAUUAUGAGCUAAUCACCUGUCUUUUGCUGGCCGAACAAAAUAAUGAAUUGUUGUUGAAAAAUCACGAAUCUCGGCCGACAGGUGCAAAUCCAUUUCCAGAGGCAAAUGCAAUACAACCGGCAAAUUCGAUGCGUGGUCGUGGGCAAGUCAGAAAUCAGCGAAUUGAUCGCGAUCGAAAUCAGAAUUGCGGACGGGGCCGAGCAAACGCAUACAGUCAUAAUAAUUAUCAAAACAGGCCCCGAUAUGUGCCAAAUCGGUGUUAUAAUGACAGAAGACCGUACAAACCUCAACAGAGGAUCAACACCGGGAUAAACAGAAAUAAUGACGAGGAAUGCACCCGGUUGGAAUCAAAGGCCAUUUGGCCCAUGUUUGUCGCACAACCAGUCACUUGGCUGAACUGUAUCGGGCCUCAAAAGAAAGACAGGGAAGAACUGCCCCCGAAACAAAUCACGCUGCCCACGAUGACACAUUUGACGAUUUGAUGAAUGAAAAUAUCACGCACCUGGAUGCCGAUGAUCUGCUUGAUAUAGCUGAUGAUGUUAAAUGACAAAAUGUUGUUGUAUCUCUUUUGUUAUUUUGGUGCUUUUUGCCCCCUUUUUGUAUUACCCCCUAUAAUAUAAGUCUAUUUUGAUUAUAUUACUAAUACAUGUCUUUUAUUAUUUUUACCUUCUUGCAAAG